AUGUCUGGUAGCACCGCCAACCGUAUCAAGGAGGGCGCUCGCUCAGCCGCUACCAAGGUCGAAGAAGCUGCUUCAGAAGCGGUCAACAAUCCCAUGCAAGCCAGACAAGACUUCCUCCACCUACCUAUCACCCGAGCCGCUCUCCCUUUCGUCAAUGGAGGUCUAGCGGGCAUGUUUGCGACCGCUUGCAUUCAGCCAAUCGAUAUGGUCAAAGUGCGCCUUCAAUUGGCCGGUGAAGGCGUAAGAACGGGUCCCAAACCGUCUGCUUUCGGUAUCACCAAGAGCAUCAUUGCCCAGGGCAAGGUGCUUGACCUCUAUACCGGUCUCUCAGCAGGGUUGCUGAGACAGGCCGUCUAUACCACCGCAAGAUUGGGUUUCUUCGAUACCUUCCAAACUUUGAUGCAGACGAGAGCCGAGAAAAAUGGCACAAAGAUUGGCUUUGUUGAGAGAGGUGCGGCUGGUCUCGCAGCCGGUGGUCUGGCGGCCAUGGUGGGAAAUCCCGCCGAUUUGGCCCUCAUUCGAAUGCAAUCCGAUGGCCUGAAGCCCAAAGAGGCCAGAGCUAACUAUCGGUCGGUGUUUGAUGCACUCACCCGCAUUGCCAAAUCCGAAGGCAUCACCGCUCUCUGGGCUGGAGCUUACCCCACCGUCAUCCGUGCCAUGGCUCUCAAUUUUGGCCAACUCACCUUCUUUGCCGAAUCCAAGGCCCAACUCAAACAACACGCGCCAAAUCUCUCGGAAAGCACCAAUCGAUUCGGCGCAUCUGCAAUUGCCGGAUUCUUCGCUUCAUUCUUCAGCCUGCCAUUCGACUUUGUCAAAACUCGACUGCAAAAACAACAGAAGGGACCCGAUGGAAAGUUCCCUUACAACGGCUUUUUUGACUGCGCCAGGAAAGUCAUUCGUGACGAGGGCUGGUUGAGAUUCUAUCGUGGAUUCGGCACUUACUAUGUCAGAAUUGCGCCGCAUGCAAUGAUCACCUUGAUUGUGGCCGACUAUUUGAAGUUGAUCACAUCUUGA